UCACCAUCACCAUGGAUUUCUCUAGGAGUGGCUAGGGAGAUGAUUAACUGGUAACGUAACUGCCUUUCAAAGAGAAAGUUAUGACUUGGUUACCCAGAAUCCACAUAAAAGAUAGGCAUAGUAGAGUGACUUUGUAAUUCCGGGACUGAGGAAGGAGUGAGACAGAUCCCUGAAGAAGGAGUGAGACAGAUCCCUGAAGAAGGAGUGAGACAGAUCCCUGAAGCUACCUUGUCUAAUUGGUGAAGUCCAGGCCAGUAAGUGUGUCUAUCUCAAAAUAAGAAUGAUAUUGGGGUUGGGGAUUUAGCUCAAUGGUAGAGCUCUUGCCUAGCAAGCACAAGGCCCUGGGUUCGGUCCCCAGCUCUGGAAAAAAAGAAAAUUAAAAAAAAAAAAAGUAUGUCAACAGGACAACAGGCACGGGCAGGGUUACAGCAAGCUGCAAUCAUUGAACCAUGGGCUCACUGGCUCUGAAAGUCAGUGCUGUCCAGCAAUAGAUGACAUCAUCUGAAAAGAGGGUCUUGAGGUAGGAAAACAGAGUGGACAGUGCGGGGGCGCGGAGCCCUGACACUGGGCUAGGCUACCACAGUACCCACCACAGCACUCAGGAAGCUGGCCACUUCAGCAGAGCUCCGCCUCCUUCCCUGUUGAAGAAUAUGAAACCUUUUCAGCUGAUUGUGUAAGCCAGUCACAGAGAUCUGGGAACAGAACCUAAAGCCUACCCUCACUGCAGUCCCUUCCUUCACGGACAAGGCAGGUGGGAUUCAGAUCUGAGGAAUGCAGAGCAAAAAGCAAAGACUGUGUGAACCGAGAUCUGGAAAGGAAUCCGAGAACUCCGCCUUUACCUCCUGGCUAUUCUCUCCAGAGCACCAAGACGCCAACACUCUGUAGCAUCUGUUUCCUGAACAUCCCAGCUUAGAGGAUUCCAUAGAAAGCUGAACCAGUGACCUCGCUCCCAGAGAAGAGGUAACAUCACAGGAGGGCCACUGCCAUCACAUCACUGCAGUACCAUCGACAUUUCCCAGCAUGGGUCAGACUUCUUCUUCUACAACCCCUCCAAAGGAGGAUCCUGAUUUGACCUCCAGCUUUGGCACAAAUCUUCAGAAUUUCGAGAUGAAAACCAAAAUCCUGUCUCAGGAAUUAAUCACCUUCAUUGAAUCAUCCCUAGAGGGUGGAAACCUUCGGGAAACAGUUUCUGCAAUCAGCGAUGCUCUGAGUGACAUUGAGAAAGCCCCGCUGAACAUCGCAGUGAUAGGGGAGACUGGGGCUGGAAAGUCCAGUCUCAUUAAUGCUCUACAGGGAGUGGGGGCUGAUAAAGAAGGUACAGCUGCUCCCACUGGGGUGGUCCAUACGACCUCUGAAAGAACACCAUACACAUACACAAAGUUUCCCUGUGUGACACUGUGGGACCUGCCUGGCAUUGGGUCUCCUGCCUUCCAACCACAUGAUUAUCUGAAGAAAAUCAAGUUUGAGGAGUAUGACUUCUUCAUUAUUGUCUCUUCUGGACGCUUUAAACAUAAUGACGCAGAACUUGCCAAGGCCAUUGUGCAAAUGAAUAGGAGUUUCUAUUUUGUUCGAACUCACAUAGAUCUUGAUCUAAUGGUUGUAAAACUGAGUGCUCCUAAGAGAUUCGAUAAAGAGAACAUCUUAGAGGAGAUUCUAAAUUCCAUUUCAAGUAUACUUAAGGAAGUUACCUACCAGGAACCUCCAGUCUUCUUAGUCUCUAACUUUAAUGUGUCUGACUUUGACUUCCGAAAGCUGGAAACCACCCUUCUGGAAGAGCUCCCAGCCUACAAACGCCACAUCUUCAUGCUCACUUUGCCAACUGUUACAGAGUCCACCAUAGACCGGAAGAGGGAUAUGCUGAAACAAAAGAUCUGGAAGGAAUCCAUAAUGCCAAGAGCAUGGGCGAGCAUACCAUUCAGGGGAUUGACCCAAAAUGACAUAGAGAUGUUGGAACAGACUUUGAAUGACUAUAGAUCUUCCUUUGGCCUGGAUGAGGCAUCACUUGAAAACAUUGCUGGGGAUUUGAACGUGACACUGGAGGAACUCAAGGCGAACAUUAAGUCUCCCCAUUUGCUCUCAUAUGAGCCAGAUAUAUCCUUAAGAGAUAAACUAUUGAAGUACAUUAGUCAUCCUUACUUUUCAAAGGUUUUCCACUUGCAAAAUUAUUUCAUUGACGCCGUUGCAAGUGAUGUUAAACUUAUCCUCAGUAAAGAAGAGCUUUUGACAAAUAAGCAUCCUCCAGGACACACAGCUACAUGCAAGUCUUCCUCCAGCAGAUCCUCUCCUUUAACGGCUCAACUUUUGUCACUCGGCUUGAAAAUUUUUUUUAAGAGUUUCAAGAAGGAAAGCAAAAUCCUCUCUGAGGAAACCGUCACCUUGAUUGAAUCCCAUCUGGAGGAUAAGAACCUUCAGGGGGCACUGUCUACAAUUAGUCAUGCUCUGAGAAACAUUGACAAGGCCCCACUGAACAUCGCUGUGACUGGAGAAACGGGGGCAGGGAAAUCCAGCUUCAUCAAUGCCCUGAGGGGAGUGAGGGAUGAUGAAGAAUGUGCAGCCCCCACUGGUGUGGUGGAGAAAACCAAGGAGAGAACUCCAUACCCACACCCAAAGCUCGCCAAUGUGACAAUAUGGGACCUGCCUGGCAUUGGGUCCACGACCUUCCCACCACAAAACUAUCUAGCAGAAAUGAAGUUUGGUGAGUACGACUUCUUUGUUAUCAUCUCGGCUACGCGCUUCAAAGAAACCGAUGCACAUCUGGCCAAAGCCAUUGCAAAGAUGAACACAAAGUUCUACUUUGUCCGAACCAAAAUAGAUCAAGAUCUCCGUAAUGAAGAGAAGAGUAAACCUAAAGUUUUCAACAGAGACGGUGUAUUAAAGAAAAUUAGAGAUGACUGUUCACAACAUCUUCAGAAGGAUCUCUCCAGUGAGCCUCCCAUCUUCCUAGUCUCUAACUUUGAUGUGUCUGACUUUGACUUCCCAAAGCUGGAGACCACCCUCCUGAGUGAGCUCCCAGCCCACAAGCGUCACAUCUUCAUGCUGUCCUUGCACAAUGUUACUGAGACUGCCAUUGACCGGAAGAGGGAUUUCCUCAAACAGAAGAUCUGGCUAGAGGCCCUGAAAGCUGGAGCCUGGACCACCAUUCCAUUUGGGGGCUUAGUGCAUGAUAAAAAGCAGACGUUGGAAGACACCUUGAAUCUCUACAGGUCUUACUUUGGCCUGGAUGAAGCCUCGCUGGAAAAGAUUGCCAAUAAUUUCAAUGUGUCUGUGGAUGAAAUCAAGGCACACAUUAAGUCUCUCCAUUUGUUAACAGAGAACAAAGACAUGUCCUUCGGAGAAAAACUGUUGAAAUAUAUUGAAUAUAUUUCCAGUUUUACUGGGGGACCACUUGCUUCAGGCCUUUACUUUAGAAAGACUUACUAUUGGAAAAGUCUCUUCAUUGAUACUGUGGCAAGCGAUGCCAAGGCUCUCCUUAAUAAGGAAGCGUUUUUAUCAGAGAAGCCAGGAUUGCGCGUGUCUGACCACACUGAAUACUGGGAGGCAGGGAUGGAACUAUAAGGUUCUAACCUUUGGACUGGCUUCAGGCGCUCACUUAAAGCCUACUUUUAAGCAGAAAACAUUUUCUGGGAAAGACCGGAGGAUUCAUCUCUUUUAGAGACAGACUAGCACCAUGGCGAGUGGAAGAAGAGUUGUUCACAGUGUAAGAACUGUCUUCCAUUAAAGGAAGGACCCAUGACUCCAGCUGCAUAUAUAGCAGAGGAUAGCCUUAUCUGGCAUCUGUGGGAGGGGAGGUACUUGGUCCUGUGAAGGCUUUAUACCCCAGCCUAGGGAAAUGCUAGGGCAGUGAGGUAGGAGUGGGUGGGUGGGAGGGAGAGCAUCCGCAUAGAAGCAGAGGGAGAAGGGAUGGGAGAGGGGGGAACCAUGAAAGGGGAUAACUUUUGAAAUGUAAAUAUAUUAAAUAUCCAAUAAAAAAAGAAACACACCUCUCCAACAAGGCCACAACUUCUAAACCUACCCAAAUAUCCCACCAACUGGAGAGCAAGUAUUUUAAACCUAUGAGCCUGUGGGAGCCAUUUUCAUUCAAACCACCACCCAGCCCAUGGUGGCACCAAGGACAGUUGGUCACAUUGCAUCUGCUAUCAGGAAACAGAGAGCGAUAAAUAGUGAUGCAGGUGAUUUCAUUCCAUUCAUGCCCUUAGCCCAGGAAAUGAUACCACCCACAUUCAGGGUGGGUCUUCCUACCACCACUAAACUGCCCUAGAAGUGCACCCACAUAUACAACCAGAAGUUUGCUUUCUAUAUAACCUAAUCCAAUAAAAUGACAGUGAGGAUUAACCAUUACAACCCCGUUUAUCAUGUAACAUGAACUCCUGACACCAGAGCAGUAGAACUGGAAGUCUGGUUGUAUUCCACUCAGGAGGUCACAGCAAGGCCCCUAUCUUAGUUUGGGUUUUUUGCUGUGAAGAGACACCAUGACUAAGGCAACUCUCAUAAAGGACAUUUCAUUGGGACUGUCUUACAGUUUCAGAGGCUCAGUCUAUUAUCAUCACGGCAGGAAGCAUGGCAGCAUCCAGGCAGACACGGUGCUCUAGAAGGAUUUGAGUGUUUUACAUCUUGAUCCAAAGACAGCCAGAAGGAGACCUGCUUCUGCAGGAAACUAGGAGGAGCUCUCUUCUUCAGUGGGCAGAGCUUGAGCAUAGGAGAAUACCUCAAAGCCUACCAACACCAUGACAUGCUUCCUCCAACAAGGCUGCACCUCCUAAUAGUGCCAUUUCCCAUGGGCCAAGCAUAUUCAAACCACCACAGUCCCCCUCUGCGGAUCUUUUUAAAUAUUUAAAUAUUUAUUUAGUUCUGUUUGUAUAUAUGAGUGUUUUGCCUGCGUGCGUAUAAAGUGCACCAUAUGUAUGCCAAGUA